GUAACUGAAGACCAGGAACAGAUGGUACGUGAACAAUACACUACAACAACACCAGGCACUAGCCUAGAGAGGCCGAAGAAUGAAUAUGUGUACAAAAUUGGAAUAUAUGGCUGGAGAAAGCGUUGCCUCUACCUGUUUGUUCUUCUCCUGCUUAUCAUCCUAGUUGUGAAUUUUUCUUUGACAAUUUGGAUCCUUAAAGUGAUGUGGUUUUCCCCAACUGGAAUGGGACACCUGCGUGUAACAAAAGAAGGCCUUCGUCUAGAAGGGGAAUCAGAAUUCUUGUUCCCUCUUUAUGCCAAAGAAAUCCAUUCUCGAGUGGACUCAUCACUGCUUCUCCAGUCUACUCACAAUGUGACUGUGAAUGCUCGCAAUUCAAAUGGGGAAGUCACAGGCAGAUUAAAUGUGGGUCCUAAAAUGGUAGAAUUCCACGGUCAGCAAUUUCAGAUCAACUCAAAGGACGGCAAGCCACUUUUUACAGUGGAUGAAAAUGAGGUUGUAAUUGGCACAGAUAAACUGCGAGUCACAGGGCCUGAAGGAGCGCUUUUUGAACACUCUGUAGAAACACCACUUGUGAAGGCAGAAGCUUUUAAACAGCUUAGGCUGGAAUCACCAACUCGAUCUUUGAGCAUGGAUGCACCACGAGGAAUUAAUAUCAAAGCGCAAGCUGGGAAUAUUGAAGCUCUUUCCCAGAUGGAUAUCAAACUACACAGCAGUGAUGGUGUGCUUUUGCUCGAUGCUGAAACUGUGCGACUGCCCAAAUUGCCUGAGGGUACAAGGGGUGGAUCUGGUAUUUCUCAGGGGCUUUACGAAAUCUGCGUGUGUCCAGAUGGAAAGCUCUACUUGUCAGUGGCCGGCGUGAGCUCCACUUGCCAAGAAUACAGCCGUGUCUGUCAGUGA